AUAAUUUUAAUUGAACAAAAUAAAAAUCGAUUCCGCAUAAAAUCAUCAAUUUGGUGUUUUAUGAUUUAAUUAAAAAAAAAAUUCAAUGAUAACAUUGACAUUUCAACAUCAUUGACAGUGACAGUUUUACUUUGUGAAAAAAAGAAGAAAUAAAUGUUCGAAGACAAACUAUUUGCUGCAAACAAAUAGAUUUUUUUUCCGUACAUUUUGAGUCUUAAAUCUGACUAAGAGACAUAAAAAUGAGUUCCGGUUUUGUCACAGAAUCCGAGGUUGCUGAAGCACGCAAAAAGCGUCAAGAAGAAUGGGAGAAAGUGCGACAACCAGAUGAACCCAUGGAAAGACCCGAAGAGCCCUAUGAUGGUCGUUCACUUUACGAACGUCUCAAAGAGCAACGUGACAAAAAGGACCUUGAAUUUGAGGAAACACACAAACUUAAAAACUUGAUUCGUGGAUUAGACGACGAUGAGAUUAAUUUCUUAGAUAUAGUCGAUAAAGCGAAAAUGGAAGCAGAAAAACGUCAACAAAUCCAAGAGAAAAAUGAAUUAUCGGAAUUUCGACAGCGUGUCGCUUCGCUUCAAGAGCAAACAAUUGACAAGAAAAUAAGUAUAGAAUCGGCCAUUUCAAAGCCAAAAACACCGAAACCACCGGCAAGACAGUCCCAAAAAUCAAUUUUAGCUGGCGCAGUAAGAAAACGUGCGGCUACAGAUGACAUUGACGGCAAACAACCAUCAAAAGAUGAAGUUGUACCGGCAAAAGUGAACAAAACAAAUGAUAACACCACGUCAUCGGUUGAAACAAAUGGCAAUCAAAAUACUGGCCAAAGCGAAAAUUCGACUAGCACAAGCAAUACGAUUGAUUUGAGCGUUCAUAAUAAAGGUGCAUUGAAAUGUGUUGGCAUACUGCCCGGCAUUGGGAGAUAUAAUGAUUCGAGCGACUCUGAAAAAAGCACAGACACCGAUGAUGAUUACGAUUUCAGCGAUUUCGAUUGGAUCGGCCGCAAAGUGAAGAAGAACCAUGAUGAUAGCUGCGACGAAUAGUAUCAUUAAGGUGGCAUUUUAAUGCAUUCAAAAAAUAUCUGAGUUGUUAAAUUACACAAUAUCUUAUAAGCACAUUUAAAUAAAUAAGCGGAUCGAGAAAUCGACAGUGUGAAAAAUGCA